AUGGCCGUCAAAUCCUGUCCCUCUUGCUCCGAGCGUCUCCCUUCCAACCCGUCGGAGCCCCUUCUUCCACACAAGCCGGCAUCCCGUCCGUUCGAAUUUAUCUUUGCCGACCUUGGCACUUUUCGCGGUCGCGAUUUUUGGAUUGUUGCCGACCAGUUCAGUGGUUGGCCCCAGGUGUACCCCUUUCCAGACACAAACACAUCUACACGCCGAAUCACCGACGCCCUCCGCUCCUUCUUCACUUGCGGAGCAGGCGCUCCCGUCAAGCUUUGGUCCGACGGUGGCCCACAGUUCAAGUCGGAUGAGUACCUAACUUUCCUGCGAGAAUGGGACAUCUCUCACGGCCGGUCUUCUCCUCAUCAUCCCAAGUCUAACGGUUAUGCGGAAGCUGCCGUAAAAUCAAUGAAAAAACUCAUUGCAGGAUCCUGGACAUCAGGUUCCUUUGACCUGGACAAGUUUGGGAAAGGCCUCCUCCUCUUCCGUAAUGCUCCCAUUGCCGGAGGCGCAUCCCCUUCUCAGGUGGUCUUUAACCGGCCCUCUCGUGACCUCAUCCCUGCACAUCGUCGUUCGUUUGUGCCUGAGUGGCAGAAGGCUGCCGGAAUUCUCGAAAAACGCGCACUCCGCGCCAGAGAACUUCGUACCCUCCAUUACAACCACACCACACGCCCACUUCCCGCCCUUCACGUCGGUGAUCACGUCGUCAUUCAGCAUCACGAUUCCAAACGCUGGAAAACUCCGGGAGUCAUCGUGGAAGUUGACGCAUUCAGGGACUAUUUGGUAAAGACCCCCGCUGGUCGGCUAUUCCGUCGUAAUGGUCGUCUUCUUCGCUUGCAUUCCCCUACGUCCGUACCUCAUAGCCCGUCUCCGGCGCCUAAUGGUGUCCGUCCUCCGGUUUCAUCUUCUUCUCCGACGACAGCAGCUCCUCCUGUUCCCGCGGCUCCCGCUGACACAUCACCGGCCGGUCCUCGUCGCUCGACGCGUCUCGCGGCCAAGAAACCGUAA